CUGUUCAAUUAGCUCCAGCAUUUGCCACAUUCCUUUCAGCAAGUCCGAAACAAGUCGUUUCGUGCCGCUAGCAUCCUAUUUCCAGAAUUUCUCUUCCAAACGCGGUUCCAAAACGCGUCAGCUUCAUGAAAUCUGCAUUUUUGCAUCUUUUCGCCGGCUUCAAAUUCACCUUCAACCAUAGUAGGUGAUCUGAAAAAUGUACGAAAAACAGGUGCCACCUCCGGCUGGUCGUUCUCGAGCUGAACGGCAAUCGCCGGACGUGCUGCAGCCGCAACAUCACCAUCACCACCAUCAUCACCAUCAUCAUCAUCAUCAAUUUCCUCUCAUUGCUGCCACUUCUUUGUUUCCAGCUUCUUCCAUAAGAGACAUACUUUCACUUAUCUUCAUUCUUUUGUCGUUGCCCCAGCUGGUUCUGUUGUGCCUUCUUACUGUGUACAUCACGUUGGGCACGAACUUCAUGGGGGGCAAGUUUAUAGUCAACUUUCUUUUGCGGGAACAUGCUGAGCCUGUGCAAGUGAAUUAUCGAAGGCUCGGCUGGAACUUGAUCAAGAUUUUGGCUAUCAACCUGGCUGUCUUCUAUGGAUUGCUGAUGGUGGUACGAAAAAAGAGCUACUUCAACUACCUUGUGAUUUUGUCCAAGUCUAUCGUUUCCAGCGAUUUGAUAGGAUCUUCUUCCAUCAACUACAUCAAUACUAUUUCCAAUAAGCGCAUCACCACUAAGAUUCAGUAUGAUGACAACAAAAAGUUUUUCAACAACAAUAUCAUUAAUUCGUUUGUCUGUUUCGUCAUCAUCAACUACAUCCAUUAUCUCAUCAACUGGUUGAACUUGUCGUUCAAAUUCGUGUCUAUAUAUAGCACUAGCAUCGGCUACGUCAACAACUACACUUUCAAUCAUAUAUCUACCAAGCUCUACCUCAUCCUAUCGCUCCAUGUGAUAAACUCGACCCUCUUCAAGAAAUCGACCAUUCUCCAGAGCUCUAUUCCGAAUGUAACCGAGGAUAUCUCCAUCAAUUGCGACUCCAAUAAGCUUCUUGAAGUCGAUCUCAAGGACUCGAUCUCGAACAGCUCGCCCAUCGACAUUUACAACAAUACAGCUGUCGAAACAAACUCAGUAGCAAUCAAAAACUUUGAAAACUUCAUCAUAUCACCGUUUAACAGCAAACUUACCAUUCUAAAGAACAAACUCAGAACGAACGCUAAUCCCAACAUCUCGAAUAACAUCAACAAAGCCAUAUCCCAAAUAUCUUCCAAUAUUACCGAACCGACUGCAACAACUACUUCUACAACAACGACAUCAAGUUCUAGUUCUACUUCUACUUCUCUUACUACUACGACAGUUUCCCCCAAUGUCACCACAAUAGAGAACACCAUCAUUAUCCAGCCAUUCUGGUCGAUUCUUGCUGCCAGUAAGGCAAUCUUGAAAAACCCCAACUUAUUCAGUGGAAAUGCCACCACAAGAAAAAACAACGGUGGUGAGUUCAUUAACUUUGUGCGAAUGGCUGUAAUUCUCAACGAUGACUCCAAGAUAGUGUUGAAGCUUCUCGACAAUGUAGAAAAACGAAUUGAUCUCAAUAACUUGAAGGUCAGAUUAAACAACGUAGGCUGGUCUUACUUCAAGAUCAUCAGAGGUGAAAAUAUCGAUGAUGAAGGGAAGAGCAGUCUAUAUUUAGUCAUUUAUGCUUUGACUGCGUUGUUCCAGUACGAAAUAGACGUUAUUGUAGGCAACAGCAUCUUGAACCACUUCAUUGUUAAUACUACUCAAGAUGACGAUAAGGUUGUUCUCAGCACUUCUCUUUCUGAGACGUCGUCGUUGGCUACAUUGCAAAUCUCGUUGUUGUCAACUAUGAAGAACUUGAACAGCUUGCGACUCAAGUUCAGAAAGUUCAAAAAAGACGAAAAUAGAAAGUUGACGGAAUUUAAGAACAACAUCGACAACUUAAAGAAUAAAAUUUCCAAGUACAAUAGCAAGCAAUCCAGCGACAGCAGAGUUUUUGGGAAGUUGAAGGGCUUGAAGCACUCAGUGAUCCAGUUGGAAAAUGAGAUCCAACAAUUGCAAACAGACAUCGAGAACUUGACGAUCCAAGAGAAGACUGUCAAGAAAGAGUUCUCUGCAGAAGAAGCCCAACUCUUGGAACAGUACAAGGAUUUAGAGCAUGUAAUGGCUCAGUACGAAAACAGAUUGAAGGUGGAGAAGUUGAAGUUGAAGUCUGCAAAAUCAGAUAAGCUGGCCAUAGCUACGAAGCACCAGAAGUUGGUGAAUAAACAUCAAUCGAAACAAGAAGAAAUCAAGGCUCUACAGAAUGAGUUGAAGAAUAUAAAGAAGAACGAAAUCUUGAACAAGUUCUCGAGAAGAAUCAAGAAGACGAACGAAAAAUUCGAAACCAUUUUGCCUAAGGUUCUUCAAGAGAUUGAGGUCUUGCGUAGAGAGUGCAACAGUUUACUCAACAACUGAUGGUGUUGUUUGGUUGAUAUAUAUACAUUUAUAGGAUUAACACGAAUACGAUGCAUGAUAUG